AUUUGACUUUGUCGUUGUGUGUUUUUUUGCCAAACGUUCCUGAAAAAAAACAAGAAGACUUCAAGAAGAUAUUUAGGAAACUAACAAGAGAAGGGAAGACAAUUGAAAUUGCUAACAGAGAAGGGACAGAAAUCAUUAAGUACAACUACAAACUGUGUACCAUCUUGGCAUGGAAAGCAUAAUAUUAUAUUUAUUACAUUUAUUUUGUAUCCCAGUUUCCAAUCUUCAUAUUUGUCAUAUAUUAUUCGAUUCGUUUCUUUAAUCAUAAUUGACGUGUUAUAAUGAAAGUACACAAACUAACAUCAAACCAUCAUCAAAAAUAACAUUGGUGAAAAGGAUAAAUGUCAAAAUGUUCGGAUCAUUUUUAUUCAAUUGUUGAACUCAGUGAAAGGAGUUGAAAUAGGUCUGAUGAUCAAAUCGAUAACAUGAGUUUUUUUUUUUCACUAUCAUAAAAUUUUCUUAUUCGUGUAGGUAUUUUUAAACAUCUUUGUUAUAACUAUUGUUAUGUUGUUCUUCUUUUAUUGUAGAAGUUUGAAAUAAUUAGCUGAUGAUGAAUCUAUAUAGUUUCGAAACAUAUACUAAUUGAUGGUUCUACCGUUCUAACAUUUGAGAGUGAUAAUAAAUUGUGGAGACGA